AUGUUCCAAAGCAAAAUCACCCUCCACCCCGCCGUCCCCGCUGACGCCCUGCCCCUCGCCCGACUCCACAACGCCGCCUUCGCCAACGACGGCCUCAUGGAAAACAUGUACGGCCCUCUAACCCAAGACGAUCCCCCUUUUGCAAAUGACCUGCAGAAAAUCAUCGCCGACGAUCCACACUCCCGCAUUACCAAAGCCAUCGAUACGCAAUCAGGCCAGAUUGUAGGCUGGUCAAUGUGGAGUAUCUACCCCGACGCCGAGGCGCUUGCCACCGCGGCAGAAGAGGCUAGGAAACGAGCGACCACGCCCCCGGCGUCGUCGCUGUGUCCGCAGUUGUAUCUCGAUUAUCAGGAAUCGAAGGCGAGGUUGAGGGAGAAGUGGAUUGGGGGGAGGGCUGUUGCUAUUCUGCAAGUGCUGGCUGUUCAUCCGGACUACCAAGGUCGAGGGAUUGGGACGAGGCUAUUGAUGGUUGGGGUGGAGGAGGCGAGACGGCUAGGCUUGCCUGCUUGGCUGGAGGCUUCGGAGGCUGGGUAUAGCGUUUACAAGAGGUGUGGGUUCUACGAUGCCGAACGGAUGGAGUUGGAUUUUGCGAAGUAUGGGCUCAGCGGGAUGGAGCAUGUUUAUUUCGGCGUCGACGCUUAA